AUGUCCAGAAUUAUCAACGACGUUGUUCUCCACAAUAUCUGCCUUCAUUCUGAUCCUGAUACGAUCAGUGCAUUGCAAAGAACAUGCUAUGUUAACAAUCAGCUUAUCAAGCAGCAUCGAUACAUGUACUCCAAAAUUCAAUGCAAAACUAUCUUCUUCGACUUCAAACCAGCGGAAAAUGAAAAAUCUAUUAGGACAUUUUUCAAUGAGCCUUGGCGUCAAAAUAACAAAAUAACCCUGCACGAAAAGACGGAAUUUCAGCAAGCGUUGUACACUUUGCAGCCAGAGUGGUUCGUAUGUAAUGUUCACGAAUGGUUGUUAUCAUUGCACCAAAAAUGGUGGAAGGGAGUUAUGAAAAUUGAAUUCGUUCUUAAUCAAAACGAAACAAUUGAAAAUUAUCUUCACCUUUUGAGAAGUUGUUGCUUCUUUCGAUUGGAAACGGAAAGAAUUGUUCGAAUGGAUCCGAUUCUUGAAAAUAUGAAAGCUCUUAUCCAUUUAAAACUCUCGAAUGGAUUAAGUGGGAGCAUGAUUUGCACUCCAAAUACAAUCAAGUUGAUGGUGGAGAAGUCGAAAAUUGGAAAUGGAAUCGAAGAAACUCUCGUUCACAACACCAACGACUAUUUAUUCAGUGCCGAAGAAAUUGCAUAUUUUGUGAAGAACGCCAAGUUUGCGAAACCGCGUCCAACAUUCCUUCGUGCAUGUGUCACUUUCGGAGCCGUAUGUUGCCGACCAGACGAUAUUCGUGAAGAAUUGAAGGACUUCGAUAAUGUUACUUAUGGCGCCAAAUAUUCCUAUUUUUGCCUGUGGAAAGGCGACUUCGAAUUGGUUCUCACCAUUGAUAAGUUUUUCACAAAAGACAGCAAUGGCGAACUAGUCCAAUUAAACUUUAUCUAG